CUCUUGUCUGAGUGACUCUGCAAGAUAUUCAAGUACCACAAAAUCUCUUCCUAUUCAUCCUACCACUCUAUUGAUUUCAGCAGCACAAUGGGGACCUUGAGCUCCAAGGUUUGGUACAAAAAAGACGCCCGGGUGGUGAUGCUGGGACUGGAUUUUGCGGGCAAAUCCACCAUCUUGUCUAAAUUGAAGAGCAACGAGCUUGUGGAGACUUUCCCGACAGUGGGCUUCAAUGUGGAGACCCUGAAAACCCCAUGCCAUCUCCCCUUGACUCUCUGGGAUGUGGGUGGUCAAGACAAGCUCCGCGCUAGCUGGAAGGACUAUCUGGAAGACACGGACGCUCUCAUCUUUGUGCUGGACAGUGCCGACAAAACCCGGCUGCCAGAGGCAAUGGCUGAAUUGGAGAAAGUUCUGAACAAUGUACACAUGACUGGGGUUCCAGUCUUGCUUCUGGCCAACAAGCAGGAGCUGCCAAAGUCCCUCUCUCUCUCAGAGCUGCAGGAGAAGCUGAAUCUGGACUGGUUCAGUGGCCGAAGCUGGGAGCUGAGAGGGUGCAGUGCUCACACUGGCGAGGGGUUGAGGGAAGCCUUAAUGGCCCUGGCAGGACUUCUUAAGAGCCGGGAUAAGAAUUCCCCUGAAUGUGUCUGUGCGCCACUGCAGUGA